CGGAGGCGUCGCGCUCGUGACGUGGAGCUAAUGCUGAGUGGCUCAGUUGGAGGAUGAGCUGAAAGAGGAAGAGAAGGACUGAGUGUGAGAGUGGGAGGGAGCCAUGGAGACCCGGGCACUGGCAGCUCUGGCUGUGCUGCUGGCACUCACUGUGAGAUGGGCAGUGUCCCUGGGACCCUAUUCAGGUAAAUUAACUGUACACCUGCAGGGGAGGGCAUGCAAAGGCUGUGCUUGGCUGAAGAGCUGACAGUCUAUUCCUCAUAUUGCCAUUGUUUGGAAAGCUUGCAUUAUGGUACAGUGCUAGCUUGGUAAAAUAAUAUUAAUAAUAUUAAUAAUGUCCAGCCAGUGGAAUACAAUUAAUUGUGGUUUUAGUUUAUAUAAUUUUUAUUAUUUUAUUUAUUUGUAUUGGAGGGGGGAGGAGGAGGGAAUAGAAAUACCAAAUUAUCUGCUAGGUAGUCCUGUUUAAAGCGGCACUGUCAUGCCGAAUUCUGUUUUUUUUUUAACCCCUCUCCCGCCUCCACUACAUCCAAUUGACCCACUAGUCACCCCCAAAUGCCCCUAAGCCCCCCACAUUACCUAUUUUUUAAUCCUUAUUUUCUGCCCCGAUCUAUAUUCAGGGCGCCGCCAUCUUUGUGUGGGUAGGUGAAGUCCCUCAGGGACACGUCAUCAGCCCACACUAGGCAGACUGUGAGAUUCCCGCACAUGCCCAGUGAAACACCUGGACAUGCGAACGGGAAUUUCAUCUAUUCAUUCAUCCAUCAGACAGACGAAUGAGUGAAUAGAAAGAUCAGCCGAACAAACAAACACAAUGUAUCAGUGUUUGUUUGUUCGUUUAGUUUAUUACAAGGAGGGAGCUACCGGCACGCAGCUCCCUCCUUGUAAUAUGUAACUAUAGAAGCGGCAGGGAGCAGUGCUCCCCACCACUUCAUAAGCCCCCCAGGUCCCCCUCUCACUCUAUGGGGGUCAAUAUGACCCCCCAUAAUAGCACAAGGGAGAUAAAAUCUCCCAAAUGCCCCUACUCGCUAUACCGCGAGUAGGGGCAUGUCCACUAAACAGUGAGCAGCCUGUGGCUGCUCACUGUAAAACAAAAAACAACUAUUGGCCCCCACCCCUAAACAGUGAGAAUGAGGGGGCAGUUAUGAGAGGCCAUAAUGAGAAUGGGGGACCUACUGUCCACCCCCCCCGCCCCCACCUAGGCGCGGUGGGGGCCAUAGUGAGAAUGAGGGGGCAGUAGGCCCCCCAUAUAGCCCACCCACUUACUAAUGAGCGGGGGCAGUAAGUCUCCCCACUUAUUAUUUUAGGGCCCCACCCGUCGGUUUGGGUGGGGCCAGUUUUUACAGUGAGCAGCCACAGGCUGCUCACUGUUACUAGACAUGCCCUACCAGCGGUAUAGCGGUAGAGGCAUUAAUACUAAUACUAAGUAAUCUUUACUUAGUAUUAUUAGUAGAACUGGCUGAAAGACCAAUUUAGGUCUUUCAGCCUUUUAAGUAGAUAGCUCCCUGAUACCGUGGGAAUUAGGGAGUUAUCUACUAAGCGGCUGCAAGAUGCAGCCACAGCAAUGAAUAGGAUCAGAGUUUCAUUCAUUAGAAUGAAAUUCCGAUCCGAAUAAAAUGCCGAAUUGCGUUCUAAAAGAAACGAACAUACUGUUGUCAUUCAGUUAGAACGCAAUUCGGCAGUUUCAUGUAAAAUGACAGGAAGCAUUGUGGGAACACUGAGGAAAGCUAGGGAUCAUGGGAAAAUUGCUCUGACCAGCGGAAAUGAAGCACACUUUGCUCCUCCGCUGGUCAGAGCUGGUCAAGCGGAGGAAUCCUCCAUAAGGCAAAGAGUCCCUACUUUGUCUUAUGAUUUUAAAGAAAACUAAAGAAGAUAGGAAGAAAAGAAUAACAGAUCCUGAGAGAGGGGGAGAAGAGGAAGAGAUUGAGGAAAGGUAAGUUCGGCAUGACAGUGCCGCUUUAAUGCUGGUUGCCUCCUAUAAUGCAUAGUCAGCUUUGAGAGUGGUCCAUUACUGGAGUGAUUUGCAAAACCUUUGCAGUUGUGUUAGCUCUGUACAUAUUGUGUGUCAAUGUGCACAACAAACCAUAAGCACAACGUGAACUAUGGUCUCUCUCUAAAGUCCCCUGCUGUCAGUCUCUGCACACACCCAAUUCACUAAAAUGGACUACUGCGGAUAACCGCAGCAUUAUGGCUGCUCUCCAUUUACAGAGUACUACCACCCUUCCUAUAUGAUGAGUGGAACUUUCUACUGAGGAAUAAACUGGUUAUUCUUGAAUCACCCGAGUGUUUUGGGGAUAGCACCAGACCACAUAGACCAAAACCAGAGGCUCUUGAUUGGGGAGGGGUCUGUUUCUGACUCAUGUUAAAUCUCCAUAUCCAAUUGUUUAAUUCUUUAUUUUAGAUUUUUAAAAACAAAAAAGAAACAUUAAAACAGGACUGGACAAAACGCAAAUCCCCAGAUGUUAUAGAACUACAAUUGCAAUGAUGCUUUGCCUAUACCUUUAUUUAAAUUUAGGGGUUCAGUUUUUAAGUAUACAUUUUGUUUAUAGCCAUUUUUGAAAAUUGCUGCAGCUGUAAUGAAAACCAUAAAACGAAGAUAGGGACCUCCUUGCACCGUGACUUAUGUUGUUUAUGGUUCUUGAGUAUCCAUUUAAGCACCAACCCACUCUGCAUCAUGGAACAAUAUAAGCAUCAUAACCACUAACAUGUGCUUGUAGAGGUUAUGGUACUUAGGCAGAUCCUUUACACAUCAGAUUGUUUGGUAUAUGCUCAUAUCUAAUGGUGGGAUGUUUACCUUUAAUAAAGCAUACUUCAUCAAAGUUUAUAAUGACAUUUAGCAGAGUAUGUGGUUAGAAUCUGUAUCCUAUGGUCGGCAUUAUAUCCUUUUGUUUCACUUGUGUCCGCAAAGGUUGGAUGACACUUAGACAUAAACUGAAAUAUUUAUUUUAUAUAUAUUUUAAAUGUUCCACAAUUGAAACUUGUAUGAUUAUUUUAUUUGCAAUGUGUGCCCUGGCGGUACCUGGACUGUACUGGGUUCUUAUGUCAUUUAUUAAAUCUUUAAUUUAAACUUAAAAGUAAUCUGAGCGUCACAUAAAACAUGUUAAGUUAUAGCCCAAUUUUUUUUUGGUCAAUCUUGCAAAUAGUGAACAAAGCAGAUGCGCCACGACAGUGGAACAAACCCAAAUAAUAACAUACAUGUUAUAACAAUGUCAUGGCAUGCAGAUUUCUUGCACAUUUUUGGGAAAUGUAGAUGGACACAUGCUAGUCAGGUAUGUCUAUGUUGAAUGAGCAUAUAACAGUUGGCUUUCUUGCGAAAAGGUCUAAACAUAUGUCACAAAAGGAAAAACAUAAACAUUAAAACAGAAGAGUGGCAUGCUUAGUGUAAAUAACUGCUUCCUCCCUGACAUAUAUGCUAGUCUGGGUAAAAGAUAAGUAACAGGCUAAGGCGGGAGACUACCCCUGUUGGGUCAUUAAGCAUGGAGGGAAACAGGUCUUGCAAACUGACAGUAGGAUUAAAUAAAAUGAUAUGAGUAUGCCUAUGUAAGUGUGUGAUCAAUGAUUAAUUAAUGUGAAGUAAUGCCCCCGCUGGGAUCCCCUGAGUGGUCAAGGACGCUUGCCUUGCUUCUAAGGCCUAGUGGGCGAUGGUGCGUGAAGUAAGCAUAUACCUAACAGUAGAUUCGCUGAGGUCUAUAAUGAACCCUAAUGAGUAUGUUUCUUGAGUCCAUUGGUUGGAAGCAGCAGGCACUUUGCCAGGUGUAGCGGCUCAUAUAUGGCUUAAGGAUCAGCCGAUGCCCAGUGAUUCCAUAGUGUCGUCCCCUUGUAGUGAGUUAUGUAUCAGUCUUGGUAGUCCGAGAGUACAGGGGCUGAUAGGCCCGGUGUGGAGUGGAAGUUCACUUGGUGGGGUGCACAAAGUCCCCUGUGUGGGUCUGGAAGUGUACCAAAUGCAGGUCGUGGGCUGCUGCGGGUCCCGGAGUGCCGACCCGAUGCUGCCGCUGUUUUGGGCCUCGCGCCCCACCUUCUCCUCAUUUGGCUCAGGUGAGCUGUGCCUCUCUGGGUCCCUUGCCGAGUUUCUGUUGGAUGGUGAGGUGGUCCAGGGCGCUCCCAUGGCCUUGAAAGUCGAUUCUGGGUUGCCGCUGCUUUCAGGUAGGCUCCAUGAGUCUGCUCCCCAGAUGGUCCCUUCCGUUGCCGGCCUUUCAUAGUAGUGAAGCUAGGGGGGGAAAGGGGGGUGUGAGGGGGUUUCCUGUGUCCUGCAAUUUAACCAUCCGUUUUUGGUUUUGUGGCAUGGAAUUGGGCAGGGCCUCCAGGCCUCAAGAUUCUCCCAGAAGGAGCUGAAGAUUCUGUCGAGGCGGAGCUCAGUUUCCCUCUUUGCACUGCAUAGGGCUGCGGCGUGAGAGGCAUCCGCCAUUUUGUAGGCCUCAUUAGAAUUAGGCUCAGGACUUCGUGGUCGUGUCGCUUUCACACAGCUUUGCAAGGGGAUUGUGAGGGAGCGGAUAGGGAUAACCCCCAUCGGUCCGGGGGGUGAGGGGGGACACUCACGAGGGCUCAGAGUCAGGAAGCCAGCAAGCCAGCUGUUCGUGGCGGCAGGAGAGCGUCCAUCUCUCCCGCGCCUUCCAUGCUUGUAGGCAUCACCAGAGUUUCAGGUGUGUAUCGGUUAAAAUGUCGCUUGGGUGGUGUCAUCUUGUGCUCCUCUGUGUCACCUUUUGCUUGGUGGCCUUUGUGUGUCAAUGAAUUGCUGUUUAGGUCACUGAAAUCUGCUUUUCUGCCCCAGAUGGCAGGAGCUGCUGAGGCUAGCUUUCUCUUAGCUCUGCAGUCACGCCCCACCCCCAAGUUAUAGCCCAUUUUAAUUUUUAUUUGUGUAAAUUUCAGAGAAGUGACUGUAUCCCUUUUAAGUGUAUAAUAUUAUUAAAUGAAAAUAUUUUAAUAUAGUAUUCACAAUGUAUUUAUUGUGCAUUAUUUGUAGAGAAAACUCCACAGACUCUGUGUUGCCAUCGGCUGGAAAAUACCUUGUCUGUUUGCAUUUUGUGUAUUUGCACACUGUUUUGUUAUUGUCGGGAAUGUGCAUUAUAUGCCAAUUAGAAUAUCCUUUAUGUGUCCGUUCAUCACUUUGUGGUGUCUGACCCCGCAUGCAUUGUUACUAUAUAGCACCUUCGUUCCUGUGCAUCCAACUUAUCUUGUUGCAGCUACUUGUUUGUUAGUCCACCUAUUGUCCAUUGCUGUGGAGUUUAAUAAAUAACAAUACAAACUCUUAAACAUACAGAUUUAUUUUGUAAAUGGUCCCAUUCAAAGGAUUUAUGUCUCGGUGCAGUGGUCCUGCUACUUUGACCCCGCAGUGUAAAAAAAAAAAAAAUAAUAAAAAAAAAAUCUCCCUCUCCCUCCCCCAUACGGCAGCAUUAUUGGGCAACCUUAGCCAGGCCGGAACAAUAGUUCCUGGGUGGCUAAUAUUAAUUCUGUUCAUAUUGUUGGCUGGGAGCAGUCCACAGAUGCUUUCCGUCACUGAAGGGCCAGCGGGAUGGACUUUUGGAUUCUGCACUGGGUGCUGCAGGGACCCAAGUAAUAGCAGGUAAGACUCAGGUAAAUUGGAAAACUGUUUGCCCCAUUACCGGAACACCGGGCCAGGGUACUCCUGGCAUCAUCAGCACUACAGUGGGCUUUGAUGCUUUGACUUUCUAAUGCUAUAUUUCACUUGAUUUAUUCAUAGUUAUUAUAUAGUCCUAAAACACCAUUAUUAUUUUUAAACCAGACAAGAAAUAUUUCUUAAUUUACCUAAAACACUAUUUAAAUUCUGUAUUUCUUUUUAAGUCAGAGCAUUCAGUUUAUUGAAUUUUGAUGAGCAUCCUCCUACUGUAAAGAAGUGAUAAGAGAUUUAAUUGAACUGGAAAAAACAUGUCUCGGUGAUGACUGGUUGACACAGCCAAUUAUAGUUCAGACAUCCUGAUACCAACCAGCGAUUUGUCCGGCUCUUCAAUAUAGCACUACGAUUGUACAAGCUUACAAGUCGAGGGUGAUAACAAGCCUCUGCAGAUGCCGUUACGCUGAUGGAUAUUCGUUCCUUAAGGAGCCGAUUGGACUGUUAAAAAACAGAAAUAGAAUAAAGAGGUUAAUCACAUUAGUCAUGUUUUGAUUUCUGGUCAAAGGAACAUUAAUGCUGAAGCGAACAGGUGCAAGGCUAUGUAAGCCAAGAGCUCUUAUUCAACUACUGAAAGACAUGCCUGAGUUCAUAAAAGGAAUUCUACAGUGUGACACUUUCCACCGAUUAAAUGAUUUACUGCAAGGGGUAACGGCUAUUUGCUGCAGCUUUGCUAGGCCAGGCCAUAGGGGCACUGUGAAGGUGCCUGUCUCACUGCUGGGGUACCAGGCAGUAAAGAUACCUACAUGGUAGAGACUUUCCCUGCAACAGGAUGGAAGUAGCUUUGUGAAUCCACAAGAAUGCAGCUAUCAUUCAGCGACUGACAGGCAGACCACCCACCCAUUAACGUGUGACUACUGCUGCCUGAAACUCAGUGUCAAAAUGCUAUCAAUAGCAGUGCAAUCAUGUACGGCUGUUGCAUCGCUUGGUUGAGUUGUCAUGGUAACCCUAUUAAUAUAGACUGCAAAGGGCAAACCCAUCAAAACAAUAAAUAUAAAUAAACACAUUAAGGAUGGUUAAUGAAAACAAAAAUAAUGUAAAAAGUGAUGGUUUUCUUCACAUGGCCCAAAGAUUGAUAAAAUCCAUUGCUGGAAAAUAUGGCAUAUAUUCAAAAAUGAUUUUCAGGACGCAAAAGAAGGUACUACUAAAUAAAAUAAAACAGUUUUUUACUAAAUUGUUAAGAAAAUUACACCUGAAACUGUUGGCAUGACAUUGAUAAAUCUGUCCUAUUGUCUUUAAUGCACAAAGAGAUUCAUGUUUAAGAAAACAGUGAUUUAUUUUAUUUGAAAUAUAAGUAACUAUAUUACUAGUUGUUGUUUUGCUUUGUUUUUCUUUUUCUGAAUGAAUGAGUAAAAUCUUUAAAGGCUUUUAUCCCCCCUGUCCGUCCAGGGCAGACAACGCAAGGUGUAUGGAGGAUCCUCCGAAGAUCAAUGUCUGAAUCCCACUGCCAUCAGUUGUGACAGCUGCUGGGAUUGGACAUAACUUGAUGGCGAAACUCCUCUUCUUUUCAACCUCAAAUUUAUCAUAAGACAAAAUGGUCCCUACUUUGUCUUCCAUUAUCUCUGGAUUGUGUUGGAAGUUCAGUGUAAUUCCAACGCAGUCAGGAUCACUAUUUCAUAAAGAAUGUAUCUUAAUUGAAUACUGAAAAUCGACUGAUCCGCUUUAAAUGGAAAUAUUGUAGGAAGAUCUAAAUGGGGAAAUUCCACUUCUAGUCCAAGUUGUGCAUGUGGUGGGCACUGUGCUGCAUGUAGCAGUACAAACAGAAUGACACUUAUUAGCAGAGUUGUAGAGAUUCUAAAACCAAUUUGCAAAAUUCAGACUCAAAUGGCCUAAACACAGCUAAAGCUGAGUGGAGCCUGGAUUUUGCAAUUCAGUUCUCAAUUCACUACACUUUGCUGUUGAGUGAACUUGACCUGAUUUCUGUUUUGUACUAAAAAUUCUUUUGUAGCCAGUGCCCUACAAAGCAUGCCGUUCAAAACUAUAUAGCAUCAACUUUGAACAUAUUGCAAAGUACAUUCAGCUAGUUUAUAGUGGCCUGGGCCACAUCUUUAUAAAGUAUUUUAUAACAAAUGUUUUCAGUUUGCUCUUUUUGUAGUAUUAAUACUGUUUUUUUUAAUAAGCUAAAUUUAAAGGGGCUCUAUAGGAACCCAGACCACUUCAUCUCAGUUAAGUGGUCUGGGUGCUAUGUCCCUGUCUGGCUAACCCUGGAAUGUUAGACAUUGCCAUUCUGCUGAAAUGGCAUUGUUUACAGUACAGGGUUUAAAUGCGUUCAGUGGUUGUUACACUAACAGCCACUAGAGGCGCUUCCACAGAAAUAGCGGAGUGAAACGUUACUAUGUCAAUUAGAUCUGAUUGGUGAAGCACAUCUCUUUGCAGUGCAUGCGUAUUAGCCUCCCAUGAAAAAAACAUUGGAUUGGCUUUGAUCAUCAAGAUUAAAUCUAUCUUAGACAAAAAGGGGUGGGACUGGGGGCGGAGCCGAACCACCAUGCUAGCUGGCUGCAAGUUAGCAUAGCUCCUGCAAUUUAUGGAGUUUACUCAAAUACAACUUAUACAUAAACUCACCCAAAGCCAGGAAAUUAACAGAAGACAAUAUAAGAGACUACUGGGGCCACAGAACUCCUCUAAAUCUGGUGCCUUGCAGCUACUAUGAAACACUGCAGAUUCUGCUGCCUAUUUGAGCUGGAAGUGCAGUGGACGGCCACUGCUUUUCUCUCUCAUGCCUGAGCGCUGUGCAGUGGCGCCUUGUAUACCAUCUUCCUGGCCCCAUUACCCCUACCCCCCACACCCUCCUCUAUGGGCCCGCUGGAGGGAGAGGGGAGCCAUAAACUACAUGGCUACAGGACACAGGUAUAUACAUUUGUAUUUCUAACACUAUAGUGUUUCUUUAAGUUAACUUUUAAAGAAUCUCUCACAUUUUUUUUCAGGAGUACUAAAAAGUGGUGUAACAAACAACUUCAAAGGGUUACUCCAAGCACCAUGAUGAUUUCACUGACUUGAAGUUGUCAUGGUAUGUGGAGUCUGUAUGUGCUACACAUAAAGAGUUUACCCCUCUGCUGCCAUAGGUAUAACUCCAGCUCCGUCAACACAUAUGGCAUGGUGGCAACAGAAUUUUUUUUGUUUUUUGUUUAAUUGACCCCUUAAUUAGAAAGAACAGUUUCUUCGUUUAUUUAUAAAAUAAGUCAGAAUAAAAUAGUUUAAAAAAAAAAAAAUAAUGUGAAAUUGUUCUACCUUGAAAUGGAAAAUGUUUUAUGUGAAGAAUAAAUGAACCCAUUGCAAUGGAUUGCUUGUUCUAUAUUUUUUCCCCUUUCCGUGUCUUUUCAGGAGCUGGAAAACCUCCAAUGUUUGGAGAUUAUGAAGCCCAGAGACAUUGGCAAGAGAUAACCUUCAACCUUCCAGUUCACCAAUGGUUUGUACACUUUAAUAAACUCCUCACUAAAGUGGGGACAUUACAACAGGUGUUAUAGUUCUAUAUGUCUAUAAGAAAUACCUCCUCAAAGCUAUUUGAAGUAGUUUGACUUAAAGGGACACUGUAGGCACUGUAACCAUUUCAUCUAAUUUUUCUAUUGUGUUAAACCAUUCUCGAGCUGUUUGACACUGAUUAAGGGUCACUGGCCACCCACACCUGGCCCUUUCUGGAGUUAUGGUUCAGGCAGAGAUUGGGAGCUGUAAUAGACUGAAAGCGGUCAGCUGACACGCUGCCUAUGACAGCAGUAGCCCAUUGCUGCUUAGGGUAAUGCAUCCUUACUAGUCCACGCAGCACAGAGUGGAUGGAUUUCUUGGGUCUCACACUAAAAACAGUUAAUUGCUGAAUGGAAGAACAGCGCCAGGGGAUUUCAGACACCAUAACCACUUCAGUGAGAUGAAGCCUACAAUGUCCAUUUAAGAAAGGGCUCUCCUGUGCACAUGUACAUCCCCCUUCUUAUUCCAAUCUGGUAAUGUAGAAACUAUACGUCUCCAUUAUCAAGUGCAAUUCUGGUCCAACACUGGACCUACCCAUUCCCAGCUCCUUCACUGUGUAAUCCAGGUUGGAUGGUUGGAUCACAUUUGAUAAUGCAAAAGUGUAGUUUGUCUAUUCUUAAUGCAGCAUAUAGGGCUCAUCCAGGCUGUGUGUGUCAGAGAAAGGCCUGAUAUUUUUUUCUUCCAUUUCCUUUAUAUUUCUACAUUGCUUUAAAAAUGUGCAAGUUAUACAAUUGUAAAGAAGAAAAACCUGUCAGCCACAAUAGCAGUGCGUUCUGACACUGAAUACAAUGUAGUCAUACAACAGAUGAAGUCUGAUCACUGCAAUAUUUAUUUAUGUAUAAACUAUUUUACCAGGAAAGAUACAUUGAGAUUUCUCUCGUUUUUCAAGUAUGUCCUGGCAAUGUUUUCUUAAAUUGAAUAAACAGCAUUGCUGGUGAAUCAUACGUAGCAAGAACAAUUGUAACUUUUUUUUUUUUUUUUUUUUAUACUAGUAAUUCAUAGACAAGUGCAAAAGUAUAGAAGAUAAAGAUACCAUAACUGAGGAAAGGAUGGAGAACGCUCUUACCGAGCAAGGGACCAAGGACCAGCCAUAUUUUGAAAGUAAAAAAAAAAAAUUACUUCAAAACAGUGGAUGGCAACCACAGACUUGUAGCGCCAUAACCACUACAAAUGAGCUGCAGUGGUUUUGGUGUUUAGAGCACCUCUUUGAGCUCUCAUACACUGGUAAUUGGGCUCCUCUUAUGCUGCUGCCCCUGCUUGCUUUGCUUGUGCUAAAGUUAGAAUAAAUGUGUGCAUUUAUCCACAGGUACUUUAAUACUACGGACAACAAUCUUCAGUACUGGGGGCUUGACUACCCACCGUUGACUGCUUACCACAGCCUGUUGUGUGCUUACAUGUAAGUCAUCAUUCUAGUUAAUGGUCCUUCAGGGAGAGUGGAAGUACUGCAGCUAAAGUAGUUUCUUGGGAUUUAAUCAUUGUUUUCCCACAAUCCAAUAUGAAAACCAUGCUGUCAACCUAUUGAAUACAUGUAUAAGGGGGGUGAUGAAUGCACUAUUUUACUUACCCAUUUGGGAGUCAAUGCGUGCAAAAGACUUUAUCAUUUUGAAAGAAAACAAUAUUUUGGUAGAUUUUUUUUUUUUUUUUUUUUUUUUUUUUUUUUUUUUUUUUUUUUUCUGCUGGGUAAAUGUUAGAUGAUGUUUUUUUUAUUUUAUUUUUUUUUAUUUUGGGGAAUUCUUGUAUAAGACACCUGAAAUAUGCAUACAAUGAAAAGAACUAAACAGAUUUUAGCUACUCUUAAGUAGGUUCUGGAAAAGUUUUUAGAACUACUGGGUGAUUCCCCAAGAGAGGCAACAGUGGAACUGCUCAUGUGUGAUUUUAAUGUGUUCUGGAGAUUGCAGAUCACUGUGUUUUUGAGCAGGUUUACUGGUACAAACAUAGUGGGGGUUUAUUUACAAACCUGUGAAUCGUGCAGUAACUGGGCAAAUAACUGAUUUUGAAUGUUCAGCUGUAUUCCAAAGUUGGCUUUUUAUCCUUCAUUCUGCAAUUCAGUAUUGUAAACAAACUUCAGUGUUACAGUGUAUUAAAGCCAACCUUUGAAGAAAAAAAAUAAUAGUAAUACAUGGCUAGCUGUGGGUCAUUGUUUGCUAAUUGUGCAUUUAUUUUUUUAGUGCCAACGUGUUGGAGCCAGACUGGGUCUCACUGAACAACUCCCAUGGGUAUGAGAGUCUCCAACACAAGCUGUUUAUGCGGGCAACAGGUAUGCAUAUUUUUUAAUCUUUCUUUCAUUUUUGAAACAAAAUGUUAAACCGUAAGCAGUGUAAAAAAAUGUGUACAGUACAAAGGAGUCGAGUAAAUUGCAAUUAUCCAUGUAACAUUCAUAUAGAAGUAAUAACGUUGUUUUAAACAACCAAAGGAAAAAACAAAACACAGAAACACAACUAAACGGUAACAACCAGUAACCGCCCAACAUGAGACAUGAAAGAAAGUCACUUUAGUUAAAGGACCACUAUAGGCAUCCAGACCACUUCAGCUUAAUGAAGUGGUCUGGGUGCCAGGUCCAGCUAGGAUUAACCCUUUCUUCUAUAAACAUAGCAGUUUUAGAGAAACUGCUAUGUUUAUAAUAGGGUUAAUCCAGCUUCCGCGCUUCUCACAGUGAUUUUCACAGUGAGAAGACGCCAGCGUCCAUAGGAAAGCAUUGUGAAUGCUUUCCUAUGGACUGGCUGAAUGUGCGCGUGGCUCCUGCCGCGCAUGCACAUUCAGCCAAUGACGAGGAGGAGGAGGAGGAGAGUCCCCUGCCCGGCACUGGAAAAUAGGUAAAUUUAACCCCUUCCGCCCUCUGGAGCCCGGCGGGAAGGGGGGCCCUGAGUGUGGGGGCACCCUCAGGGCACUAUAGUGCCAGGAAAAAGAGUAUGUUUUCCUUGCACUAUAGUGGUCCUUUAAUGGCUAUUUAUACAUUGCUGUAUAUCAUUUAUAUUUACGAUAAAGUAUAUAUUCAUUGAAUAAGGAACUGUAAUCAAGAAGAGAAUUUUACCAGUUGACGUAAUCAGAACAUGGGGAUCUAGUCUGGUUUGUCCCUUUAAGUAAUCUAUUGACACUGCAUUGUAUUAUAGCUUUUUUUGAAGGUUUGGAGUAUUUUCUUUCCUUUUUAGUUAGAUUUGUAUUUUCUUUUGCCCCCACGAAAUGUAAUUUUUAAAAUGAUUUUGGCACUGUUCUCAAAUGUCAUGUAUAAAUGUUAAUCCCCUAAAUGCUUUGUGUAGUUUUAGUUGCAGAUUUGAUCAUCUACAUCCCUGCUGUUAUCCUGUUUUGUAUCUGCCUGAAAGAAACACCGGCCAAAAGAAAAGUAAGUUUGCGUUGCAGACACAGAACCUGGCUAACUUGCUCUCAGCCUAUGUAUGCCUUCCAGGGAGAAUAGAAUUUAAUGGUGCCAGGGAAACCUGUUGUGUGUGUGUGUGUGUGUUUCAUUUUUUUUUCUCCUUGAAGCGGCUCUGAAACAAGCACGGUGCCUAUAGACCUAUAGCACAAUAACCACUUCAAUAAGACGUAGUGGGUGUGCUGCUUAGAGUGUUGCUUAAAGUUACAUGCAUUUAAAAACCAGGUUGUCUUACUGACACAUCACCAUCUCCAUCACUGAUUGGUGGAGUGUGUGCUGAGAUCACAUCACAGUGAAUGUAAAAGUACUUUGAACUAAAAUUUAAUAUCACUAGUGCAGUGGUUAUUUAAAGAUCAUUUUGUUUCAUAAUGCUUUUUUUUUCUUUUUUUUUUUUUAAGAUCUCAUUGUUGUUCUGCAUUUUGCUCUAUCCUGGUCUUAUCCUCAUAGACUACGGGCACUUCCAAUAUCCUUUUUAUUGUGGACAUAUAUACAGCAUAUAAAAUGACAUAAAAUCUAGGAGAAAAAGGAAGCAGCAGGUAAGAAAGAGCACAUCAAGGUGUCUCCUCCAAUGUUGCUGGAGGGCAAAGCAGCUCACACCCUCUGGGAACUGGGUUACCUUUUCCUUCUCCGAACCUCAACCUGGAUCGGUAUUUAGUAAAAGAUAAAAUUUUAUUAUUCGCAAAGAAUAAAAAUAAAAUGCUCUACCAACGGUCCUAUGCGUUUGGUCCAUGUUGUGUACUUCCUCAUGGACCAGUGUUAUACAAUCAGAAAAAAACUAAAUUACAGAACCAUCAGGUGUAUGAAGCCCUCCAGAGUUUCAUUUAAAUGUCCCCACUUGGAUCUCAUUAGUCCAGCCGUCAGCUUGGUUUCUCUACGUUAAAUUGAAAAUACCUUUCUCCGUUUCUUUUUUUAUGUAAAUCUUUCCCUUCCCUGACUGCUUUACUCUCUUCCGUUCUUUUGCUUUUUGGGAGAGGUUCCAUCUGGAGAGAUGUAUUCCUGUUGUAAUGGUCGUAUGUCUCUCUUCUUGGGGGGAAGAAAUUUGUGAUCCUGUUUUCUUUUAGGUUUCGACCCCUCUCAAAAAACAUGGUCGGGAGAUUUUUCUCUUAAUGGGGACCCUCCUUCUGAGGCCCUUAGAUUUAUUAAAGUUUUUCUAACCAUACAGGCAUAAGACGAGUGUUGUUCACUGUUCUAAUAAGCGCCUUCUUUUGGUAUAUGGGUAUUCUCUCUCUGUUAUAUGGGAUGUUAAGAGAAGAGCUGAGUAUAAUACGGUUGAUGUUUAGGGGCUCAAAAAUUUUUAUUAACCUGUCAAGGUAGUUAAGUCUAGAUUUAUCACAAUGAUGGGUAGCGUCCAUUAACUAAACUCCUCCUUUUUAAGUCAAUGUGAACUUCUCUCCUCAGUUGACAUUCUUUGCAGGUACCGGAGUAGUCAGGGGAAAAGAAGAUACAAAGGAUUCUUUACUGUGUUGGGAACUGUUAAGAAUUCAAAGAGAAUUUCAAACUUAAGGAACAAGUUUGACUAGUGUAAAAUUUCAAAUUCUCUUUGAAUUCCCCCAAAUUUUAUUUUUUUUGUAAAUAACCCUGAUAGUGUUGAUUGUUCAAAUGUUGGCUCACAUUACCUGCUUCAGUCAACAAAAAAUUAGCAGGCUAUUCACUAAAGGAUUCAAAGUGAAUUUCAAAUGUAAGGUCAACGUAGCUAAAAUUGAAAAAAAUCUCUAUAUGCUGUGGUUUCAUUUUGGCUAGUCUGGCCUUAAAUUUGAAAUUCACUUUGAAUUCUCCCUUUAGUAAAUAGCCUGUUGUUGUAUUUUUUUAUUUUAUUUUUAUAUUCAUUAGUCUUUAAGAAUCUUUUUCUAACUGCUAAUAAAACCGUAUGAUCAUUCAGCUAUUUCUUUGUGUAUUUACCUAAAAAUCUGAUUUGCUUGUAACUGUAACUACCGUAUUUUUCCAUGUAUAGGACGACUCCUAUUUUUUUUUUUUUAUUUAAAAUGAAGAAAUAAAUAUUUUAAACAUCAAAUAGAACAACUUUGAUAUUUUAGAGGUGACUUUUGAUUCUCAUGCCUCCCCUGAGGUACAGUACUCUGACGUUAAUGGCUCCAUAGUGCAUGCUGGGAGACUACAGCUCCCAUAAUACAGCAGGUGGUGAGAGGGCAUGCUGGGACAUCACUUAUAGGGACUGUCCUCCUUGCAACAGCAUUCAGAAGUGGAUCACGUGAUGUAAAGUCUACAGGCCCUGCUUCAUGUCAUUCAGGGUUAAUGACCUGGAUCCAGAUCAGGUUCUAAUUGGUAGCGAGAGCAACAUGGUCCGAGAUUAAAAAAUGGCAGGAUCUUCCUCCAUCUUCCGUUUUUAUAUAAUACAGACCUGCUCUCACUAGGGAGCUGGGAGACCAGGUAUGUGUGUGGGCCAUGGCACACUGAAACACGAGGAGCGCCAUCUUGGCUUCGGCCCCAUGCACAAAUGUUUAUUUUAUUUAACCCCUGCAGUGAUAUUCCAUGUAUAAGACGACCACCAUUUUUAGACUAAAAAUAAAUUCGAAGAAAAAACUGUCUUAUACCUGGAAAAAUACGGUAUAUAUUGAAUCUAAGGUUUAUUAAUAUAUAUGCAUGCAAUAAGACAUGUGGGGGUAGAUUAAAAAAAACAAAAUAAAACAAAAAAAAACUAGUGCUAUUCUGGAGCAAAGUGUUAAAUAGGGAGCAAUCACUAGGAAAACGAUACGGGUGCCUCUCAAUAUUUAGCACUUUGCACCUGCAAUAGCACCUGUUUUGCCUGGAUACAUUAUUCUUCAUUAGGACCUAAACUGUCUUGAUUAUGUAUAUAUGAAUAGAAUUUUAAUUGCGUUGCACGUGUGUGUGUGUGUGUGUGUGUGUAUAUAUAAAUGUAUAGAAUCCAUACCAUAUUGAGUAUUAUCAUUAACACAGGCACACAUAUAAUUCUGUAAGCCUUGGCUUGGCCUUAUGGGCGGUCAUUGCCCUCUCAAGUGACUGGAUCCUCCUGGGAUCAGUGGCCUUUUGCUUUGCUUUAAACUACAAACAGAUGGAACUUUAUCACUCGCUGCCGUUUUUCUGCUAUCUUCUCGGAAAAUGUCUUCAAAAGGGUCUUACAAGCAGAGGGUAAGUAAAUAAACUGAGUUUUGCAAUCAGGUUUUUUCCAAUCUACCAUAUUUUAAUACUUAGCGAACUGAUGCCAAAAGGCAAUGGAUAUAAAGGCAUAUAACUUUAAAGAUUUUUUUUUUUCCCCAAAAAGUAAUUAAAUAAUUGAAUAGAAAAAUUGUAUUAUCUGUUUCGUUUGUUGGUUCUAAAACAUCUAAUAUAAUUUUGGUGUUUAUCUGCUAAACUUUAAAUUGUUUAAUUUACAACAGAAUUACAGACCAUGAUACAAAAAGAAUAGGGAACCCAGCUUAUUUGUUGUGCUCGGAAACUUUCAAACCAUUGUAAACUUAUACUUUAAAUAUCAAAGUAAAAAAAUAAAGCUUUAAAGGGACACUGUAGGCACCCAGACCACUUCAGCUAAUUGAAGUAGCCUGGAUGCUGUGACCCUUUUGCACUUAGUGCUGGAAUGUAAAAUAUUGUAGAUCCAGAGAACUGCAAUGUUUACAUUGCAGCACUAAGUCUGCCCUCUGUGGCUGUCUAACAGACAGCCACUAGAGGGCUUCUGGAAUCAAAACGGACUUUUGGUCCGUUAUCUGAUGCUGGACCUCCUCGCAGACCUCCAGCGUCAGAUUUUCCCCAUAGGAAAACAUUGAAUAAUGGUUUACUGCACGUGCGGCCAUUGCUGCGCAUGCGCAUUAGGUCUCCCCCGCUGGCUGACGUUGGUGGGGGAGGAGCGUGGGUGGAGCCUGACCCAGCGCCAAGGGACAUCGACUCUCGAUUUCAGGUAAAUGGCCGAAGGGGGGCCCAGAGGGAGGCAGGCACUCCAGGAGCCUAUAGUGCCAGGAAAACGGGUAUGUUUUCCUGGCACUAUAGGAUCCCUUUAAUAACAUUGUCACUUCCUGUGAUAACCAUCAUUGGGAACAUAGGGCUCAUGUACUAAACUGUGAGUUAAUACUAUUACGCACAACUAUAAUAGAUGGACAGAAGUAUUGGACACCUGACCAUUACACCAACAAGGACUUUUAUGACAUUGCAUUCUAAAUACAUAGACAUUAAUAUAUAGUUGGUCCCCCUUGCAACUACAAUACCUUUCAUUCUUCUGAAGGCUUUCCACAAGAUUAUGGAGUGUUUCUAUGGGAAUGUUUGGCCAUUCAGCCAGAGCAUUUGUGAGGUCAGGCAUUGAUGUAGGACAUGAAGAACUGGUUUGCAUUCUCCGUUCUAGUUCAUCCCAUUGUACAGCGCUACGGAACUUGCUGGCGCUAUAUAAAUAAUAAUAAUCCAAAAGGUGUUUGUUGGGGUUUAGGUUAGGGCUCUGUGCGGGCAAGUUAAGUUCUUCCACACGAAACGUAUCGAGCCAUGGUUUUAUGGACCUUGCUUUGUGCACUGGGGCACAGUUGUGAUGAAAUACAAAAGAGCCUUCCCCAAAUGGCUCUACAAAUUUGAAAGCAUAGCAUUGUUCAAAAUGUCUUGGUAAGCUGAUACAUUAAGAUUUCCCUUCAUGAAAUCAAAGGGCCUAGCCCAACCCCUGAAAAAGAGCCCCAUACCGUUAUCCCUCCUCCACAAAAUCUUACAGUGGACACGGUGCAGUCAACGUAACAUUCCCCUGGCGUCCGCCAAACCCAGACUUGCCCAUCAGCCUGCCAAACAGAGAAUUGUGAUUCGUCACUCCACAGAACACGUUUCCAGUGCUCCAGAGUCCAGUGGUGACAUGCUUUACACCACUCGAUCUGACACUUGGCAUUGUAUUUGGUGCUCGGCCAUGGAAACCCGUUCCAUGAAGAUACUGUUGCACAUUUUUUGUGCUGAAAUUAAUGUGGCCAGAGCGGCUUAAACAGAAACAAAAGUGAGACUGCAGGGGCAGGGUCUAUACACCAAAACAGCUUCAUUAAGCUAAAGUUGUUUUGGUGGCUAUGCUUUCCCUUUAAGAGGUAUGUCCUAAUACUUUUGUCCAUUUAGUGUAUGCAGGGCUAAGUUUAGCAAAUGCAGUUUUUACAGUUUUUAGGGUAUACUUUGUAAAUACCCAUUAUAUUUAGUAAUUUAGAAUAAAACCUAGUCACUGUGGCUUAUUAUUUCAGGGAACUGCUUGUGAAUUGUCUUAAUGUAUUGUAUUUAGGGAAGAAUUAUGCAGAGUUUAAGAGUUUUGAAAGAGAUUCAGCAAUUUUCUGUAAAUACCCCACAAAUUGUUGUCCCCACAGUGAUAUAUUAGGUGCAGAAGCAUUAGACUAGCGAUUCGUUAAUGCUUCUGCAGUUUUACACCAUUAACAUUGGCUUUAAAAAAAAUCGCUAAUCCAUAAUCCUGAAUUUAUUAUAAUUCUGAAUGAAUUGUGUGAUUAUGCCUGACAAUCAGGCUGACUACCUGGUAUAUUGAACAGACCAGAGCAUUGCGGUCUGUAAAUUAUUCACAGGAUCUCCCUGUCUCUUUGAUCAUGCCAGACUGGAGUUCAUAGGUCUUUCUGGUAUUCCUAUGUCAAUACUUGUCACUAGACAGAGGAAAGUGACCCUUGGGGACAAUGCAUGAUCUAGAAAGGGAGGGGGGCUACAAAUCCUAAUCUGACUGACUUCUAAGACAUAAGAAGACUUGCACCUAUUACUGUAUUGAGUUUUGAAAUAGAUUUGCUGUGCAGUUCAUGAAUCACUGGAUUUUGUUUAGAUAUUUUUUGUUGUUAUUUUUAAUUUGUAAUGAUAUGUUGAGUUGGUGUUGCUAUAUUUGUAGAUCUAUAUAACUACAUUGUUUACUAUAGCAUAACACACGCGAGAGCUCUGGUUAUCUGUCCAUAGUCGCACUGUCACCUUUGGGAGUUUGGAUGCUGACACAAGGGGGGAGAUUUACUAAACUCUGUUUUUAAAAAGUGGAGCUAAAAUGUAAAAGGGGAAAGACAUUAUAGAUUUUGUGUAUAGUUUUAAUGCACAAAAAAACGAAUAGAUUAAAUCCAGUUUGGAGUGUGUGUUCUUACACGGUUUUGUCCAGACACUCGCAUUACGAAGGUCCGUUUCAGCGCAUCAGUUCUUCUUGGCUAAUCUGUCCUCCAUCUGAGGCUUGCAUUUCACGUGCAGAUUUGGGGAAAGGCCUUUCCCUUUAUUCAGUUGUCAGUCUAUUCUGGCACGGGAAGUUGUGGUUUCUUAAUUUUCUCCACACCUAAUAAAAGCAUGGACAACUUGCUGCUUGUUUGGGACAUUGUGCCCAAGUGUUAUGUUGAGACUUUCAAAUUCAUUCUAGUCCUAAGCGUGUUUAUUUUCCUCUUGGACUUGAGAAAAGAUCUUGUCGCAUGACGGUUGAAAAUAGAUAGUUAUUCUUCACACCUUAUCACUGAAGAUCAUAUCACAUUCUUCCAUGAUGAUUGUCUCCUUGUUGGCUUUAUACAAGGGCAAGUUCAUAGUUUCUUGCAUGUUUGCUUCUUGCUCCUAAACAUUAACGUAUGCUCGUUUGUAAAAAAAAAAAAAAAAAUUAUGUUUGUGCCUAGGGUCACUUGGCCCACCCGAUGUGACUUCACUUUAGGAAGAGAGUAAAUCAUAUUAUUUUAGGAAGACAGCCACUUGAGACGUAUUGAAAGGGACACUAUAGGCAUUAAAAUAACUAGCUUAAUGAACAAGUUUUGGUGAAUAUAUCAUACCCUGGCAGUCUCACUGCUCAAUUCUCUGCCAUUUAGGAGUUAAAUCAUUUUUGUUUGUGUUUAUGCAGCCCUAGCCACACCUCCCUGCAUGUGACUUACACAGCCUGCAUGAAGCAAAUGGUUUCAUAUUCAAUCAGAUGUUAAAGGCACACUAUAGUCACCAGAACAGUUACAGCUUAAUGUGGUUGUUCUGGUGAGUAUAAUCAUUAUAUUCAGGCAUUUUCAUGCAAACACUGCCUUUUCAGAGAAAAGACAGUGUUUACAUUGCCACUAGGGACACAUCCAAGUGACCACUCCUCAGAUGGCCACUGGAGGUGCUUCCUGGCUCAUUGCUGCAUUGUAGGCAGCACUGCUGUUCAGCGUCUCCACACUCUGCAUGAGGAUGCUCAGUUUUCCUCAUAGAGAUGCAUUGAUUCAAUGCAUCUCUAUGAGGAGGUGCUGAUUGGCCAAAACGGCAUUUGGCCCCACCCCCUUGCCAAUUUUAGCCAAUGAAAUGCUUUUCUCCUGCUCUGUAAAUUAAGGUAAUCACACACAGCAGGCUCCUGAAGAAUAUAGAAGUCUAUUAAUACAACAGGAGAUAAACAAAUUCUAAAUUAAACAGAAUGAGAAAAAAAGGUUUAAACAUUUAGAUCUCUCAUUACAGAAAGUUUUUUUAGGAAGGCUGUGUAAGUCACAUGCACGGAGGUGUAGCGGGGGCUGCAUAAACAAAGUGAUUUAACUCCUAAAUGGCAGAGAAAUGACCAGUGAGACUGCAGGGGCAUGUUCUAUACACCAAAACUGUUUCAUUAAGUUAAAGUUGAUUUGGUGACUAUAGUGUCCCUUUAAGCCUGCAAUGUAAGCAUUACUAAAUGGCAGUACUUUAUAUUGCAGGGUUAAAACUAAAGUACCACUGCACCCAGAUCACUUAAUUGCUUGCCUUUGUGGACCUUUAUGCCAAAAUAGCCAAACUGAAAACAUUUCUCCACAGAUUUCCCAAAUUUUUAAUUCAUUUUACAGUUGAACUUUUUCCAGCCAUUCACACUUAUUGAUUUUGCUCUGCUUGGUAGCCAUUUCUAUUGUAUUACUGUUGUUUAUGUGUUUGUAAUGAGGGUUUGCAUUGAGAGUUCUGGACCUUUUUGAGGUCUUUGACACGUCCUAAUGCAUUGCUUUUGCUGCAGGUUGGUUGUGUUACUGAAGAUUGGAGUCACGGUGGUGUUCUCCUUUGCUCUUUGCUGGAUUCCAUUCUUGACAUCGACUGAACAAGUCCUCCAAGUUCUCAGAAGACUGUUCCCUGUGGGCCGCGGGCUCUUUGAGGUAAGAGAAAGCGCUCUGUUAUUUUUCAGGUCUUUCUGAAUCCCCUGUCAGUGUCCUCUAGAGGUUUUUUUUCUGACAUCUUACACUUGCAUGCAGCAAGAAAGUAGCCGUUCUUGGUGUUCCAUACAAAGCUGUCUCAUCCUGGAAUUCUGGAAACGGUCUUUAAUUUUAUUACAUUUUCAAAUGUUUAGAAGGUUUUUAAUUCACUCUGACAUCUAAUGCCUUCUGUUAAGGCAAAGCCAAUGGCAUUUUAAUGCAAAUUAACUUUAAUUCCCCAUAAUUCUGAUUUCAACACAGACUCCUUGAUCCCUAAAGAAGCCCGCAUUGCUUAACCUCUCUGAGUUUGUACAUAGUGCCUGAAUUGGAAGAAUUACGAAAACCUUAAAAAAUAUUAGAUUCAUUUUUGACUACUUUCCUUUGAGCUUAUAUUACUGUCAUUUAUGUAGAUUUAUGUAACAAGAAAUAUGAGCAUUAACUGUUCAAAAUAGAAGUGUACAUAGUUUAGAUGAACUGGAUGAGAUUUGUGGUUUUUAUAGAUUUGUCUGCUCGCUGUUUGUGAGAAAGGAAAACCUGAUGCAUCACUGGUGUCUAGUGGAAUUAAAUACUUUAUAAUGUUCCAGUUUAACUCCUUAGUUGCCGUAGGUGCAUGCAAUAGUAUUCGUUCAUCAACCAAGCAUUAAGAGUGUUAACUUUCAGCUCAGCGCCAUCUGCCAAGAUAUUAAACAUAUUACACCAUUAAAACCAUUCUUCAGUUUUACAUUUUUUCCACUGUAAUAGAUUCCGUAGUAAGUCUGCGUGCCAGAAUAGGCUCAUAAAAGUACCCGUGGUAGCCCUCCUUUCUUUCCACUGUAAUGUGCUAUGCUAAUUGUUUGCCUUUUUAAGCCAUCAUUAUUUUCUUUUAUAGAAAUCAUUCUGUGGUUUUAAUGCUGCCGUUAUUUCCUAGCAGAAUUGAUUUGUAAUUUUGCUGUUUUGCUAAUACUGGCUGGGAAGAAGAUUCCUCUGUUAGUGUUUAAAGAGAGAGCUCUCUCACACACAGCACGGUGAGCAGUUAACAGCUGCUGGGACGUCCAAGACGUGAUGUAAACCAUUUAAGAAUACCUCACUCCUCCUACCCUAAAAUAAAGGCUGCAUUCACACAUAGUAGUGACCUUGUGCUUUGCACACUAACCCUGUAAUUCUUAAAGAACCAGAAUUAACAUGCCACAACUCCCCUUGUGUAGCAUGUACAGCAGUAUUUUUGGAGCAAAAAGGAAACAUUGAAAGUUGUGCAAAAAAAACACCCUCUAUAACCAAUUAACUGUAACCUAAUCUACACCGUGCACCUAACGUGUGUAGGAGCCUAAAGUGUUCCUUUAAUAAUAUAAACACAUCCAGUAUAACUUACUGCAACCUACCUACACAGUGCACCUAACGUGUGUGGGAGCCUGGAGUGCCCCUUUUAAUAAUAUAAACCCACCCAGUAUAACUAACUGUAACCUACCUACACAGUGCACUUAGUGUGUGUGGGAACCUGGAGUGUCCCUUUAACCUAACCUACAGAGUGCCCCUUUAAUAAUAUAAACCCACCCAGUAUAACUAACUGUAACCUACCUACACAGUGCACCUAGUGUGUGUGGGAACCUGGAGUGUCCCUUUAACCUAACCUACAGAGUGCCCCUUUAAUAAUAUAAACCCACCCAGUAUAACUAACUGUAACCUACCUACACAGUGCACCUAGUGUGUGUGGGAACCUGGAGUGUCCCUUUAACCUAACCUACAGAGUGCCCCUUUAAUAAUAUAAACCCACCCAGUAUAACUAACUGUAACCUACCUACACAGUGCACCUAGUGUGUGUGGGAACCUGGAGUGUCCCUUUAACCUAACCUACAGAGUGCCCCUUUAAUAAUAUAAACCCACCCAGUAUAACUUACUGUAACCUACCUACACAGUGCAUCUAACGUGUGUGGGAAACUGGAGUGUCCCUUUAAUAAUAUAAACCCACCCAGUAGAACUUAGUGUAACCUACCUACACAGUGCACUUAACGUGUGUGGGAGCCUGGAGUGCCCCUUUUAAUAAUAUAAACCCACCCAGUAUAACUAACUGUAACCUACCUACACAGUGCACCUAGUGUGUGUGGGAACCUGGAGUGUCCCUUUAACCUAACCUACAGAGUGCCCCUUUAAUAAUAUAAACCCACCCAGUAUAACUUACUGUAACCUACCUACACAGUGCAUCUAACGUGUGUGGGAAACUGGAGUGUCCCUUUAAUAAUAUAAACCCACCCAGUAGAACUUAGUGUAACCUACCUACACAGUGCACUUAACGUGUGUGGGAGCCUGGAGUGUCCCUUUAAAGAGCACAGCGUAUAUGGCUGCUUUGGCUUGCUGGUGCGGGAACGAUUCUUGAUGUUCCAGUCCUGCUUGUCUACACAGCUGUGAGUCCAGCAGCAGCUGUGUGAGGGAUGAGUUUCACAGGCAUGAUAGCUGUGCUUACAAAUUUAAUUUUGAAAGUGAUCCUAGCACAACUGUUAAUGUCUUUAGAGUUCCUGAAAUUACUAUUUAACCUGGUCGCUGCCAGAGGAGCGAGCUUGUGCCAGGCCGCAGAGGUCUCGUGCAUGAUUUAGGGCAGCCAGGGAGGGUAAAAAUAAAGGUGCAAUUGUCAGCAGGUGGAGAAAGCUAGUGUGGAUUGCUUUAAAGAGGGACGGUUGUGUUUCUAUUUCUGGUCUUGUGUUUUUAUAGCAAGUAAAUCAACUCUGGAUUCAGUAAAUAUUUCUAUCUCUGUUGCAGUUUAAUUUAUAAAAUUUGUGCUUCUGAUGAAAACUAUAAAAUUGGGAAAAUAUCCCACCAGUUACUCCAACCAAGAAAAGUAACACUUGCCCUGCUGGUCUGCCAAUCUAAAAAAAAAAAAUGUUCUCCCUCAGUCUGAUCUUUCCCCUCUGGUCGUCGCUCCCCCUAGAGGACAGGGGUGGCACUGAAGGGGGGGCCAUGCUGCCAUUUGCUGUCUGGUGCAGGUGUCAAACACCAAUUUUGCACUGAAUUAACAUUAGCCACCAAAACUCUGAUUCCAGACUGGCUAAUGACACCCCUAUAAUGCUGCCAAAGGUGGAGUUACAGAGGGGUUUUCAUAGCCAAACACUACACAUACAGACCCCAAUCACAAUGGCCACUUCAGAUCAAUUAAGUGGUUAUGGUGCUUGGAAUAACUUAUUUUUGUAAAAAGAAAAAAAUGUCAACUUGAGUGUCAGCUGAGUGAGCAAGGCAUUGCCAAGUCAUAACCAGUUUUCAGCUUUUAACCAUGUAGCUACUAAAGUCAGCCAUAUGAAGUCAGCAAUCCCUUUAAUACAGCCCCACUGAUUAUGAUAAAGGUGAGAUCUGGUCAUUUGUUUGUUUUAUUGCAGUGAAGAACAUGGAGGGGGCGAGUGCUAGCACAAAUAAUAGAAAUGAUACUAUUACUAUUCCUGUAAACUAGUCUAGCCAUCCUCUAAGCUCGAGUCUCAGUGUUAUGUUCGUCAUGGAUGUAACUUUCUUGACAUUCUAAAUAAUGUAAAAUUCUUGGUUUAUUUUAUUUUAUGCCUGUUGUUUUAGGAUAAAGUGGCCAAUGUUUGGUGCAGUCUAAGCAUCCUUUUCAAAAUAAAGAAUAUAUUCUCUCCAGAGACACAGUUACAACUCAGGUAAGCCAUUUAUCCUAUGGACAAAAGGAGUGUUAUGUACUAAAUGACUAAUGAGCCUUUGCAUAAUAACUGGAAAUGGUUUGGAUGCGCGCUGAACGAUUAGCCCCCAAAUGUGCAAAUACUGCUAGUAUUAAAUGAACAUAAACCAAUUUUAGUGCCGCGCAAGAAACUGUGUAUAAGUGAAUCAACCCUAAAGUGUACAUCAAUAUCAAUCAUUUAAAGUGACACUUGCAAAUACAUAUUUUAUAUUAAAAAAGAGUAAAGUAAUACUUUAAAUGUUUUCACUGAUAAUAUAUCCUCAAAAAGAAAAAAAUAUAAAAUAUCCAUAGUUCAUACUGCUUAACACCGGAAAAACCUCUAUAUUUCCUAAUUAGUGCACUCACAUAUACCAGAGCCUUUUUGCCCGCUCUGCGUGAAAACAGCUUACAAGUAGUAGGAGAUAAUUCCCCACACGUUUCUUGAUUAUUAUUUUUUUGAUUUUUUUAUAUAUAUAUAUAUAUAUAUAUAUAUCUAUCUCUAUAUCCACUGCAGCAACAAAAUAAAAGUAGAAACCAGGAGGCUCAAUAGUGUUACGCCGUUUAAUAUAAGUAAGGCUAAAAUCAAAUGUUUACAUGAAGCUAUGGUGAGCUCAGUAUGAAUGAGACCCACAAGAAGCGCUUUGUUAACAAGUCCAAGCUUGCCGCUUUCGGGAAAACUUUCUGGUUGCAAUCUCAUGGUGUAAACAAAGACCCUUCUCCUCUGUGACGCGUUUUGCCGAUCAUGUGAGCUUCAUCUGACAACGGUUCUCUCUCUGCCUUCUCCUCUCCUACAUGUGCAUGAUCUAUACACCAAAACUGCUUUAUUAAGCUAAAGUAGUUUUGGUGCCUAUAGUGUCCCUUCAAGUAUAAGUACAUAUAAUUAUUAUUUUAAUUUUUUUUUUCAUAUAAAAUAUUUCUUAUGCACAAGUGGCAUUUUAAAUGGUUGGUAUUUAGCACUUUAGGGUUGAUUCACUUAUAUAGAGUUUCUAGCGCGACCAAAAUUGGUUUGUUAUUGAAUAUCGCUGUUUAAGUGCCUCGCACACAAUACUGGUUAUUACUAGUUUUAAAUUAAGCCUUAAAAUCUCCUCAUCCAGGCAAAGUAUAGAUAUUUUACAUCUCUAUCAAAUACUUAUCUUACCUUGUUUGACCUGUAUUUCUCGAUUCCGAGUGGGGAAUUUUGCCUGGUUUCUGCUGCCAACAUAAGCCAAACAAACUGGCAGAUGGCAGGAACAUGUGUUUUUGAGAGGUCCCCUAGUACUUUAUAAACCCAGGGAACCUGGCAGAAUGGAGCUACAUGUUCCCACACUCUAUAAAAGGUGACAUGGGCCAUGUGGUCCCCAGGAUGCCUACCAACCUACUUCCUCCUAUUCCAGCACCCCACGUACGGUGGGUGAAGAUAUCUGUGUAAUAAUGUUGGAAGGCUUGCAUGUUAUUGACUGAUCUAAUCACUUUGUGUAAAUUUUUGUCCCCUUUAGCUUUGCCUGCACGUUGCUAAGUGUAAUCCCAACAUGUAUAAAACUAACAGCAAGGCCGUCUUUUGGAGGAUUUAAAUUUGCUUUGGUGAGUUUAAACUUUGAUUAAAGGAUGGUUGGUAUUUUCCAAACCUAGAAGGUUGUUUUUUUUUUUUUUUUUAAUUCUUUAUUUACAAUUUUUGAAUGAAACCUAAGUGGUUUACAGAGAGGAAGAGAAGGUUAAUGCUUAACAGUGGUAAGUAAACAACACAAUCUGUAGUGUAGGUUUUACAUACGUGGGUCCAAACUAUGAAGUAUUUUUGUAAUAAUGGGGAUGGGGCUGACAUAGGAGCAGAAAAUGGGGUCAGUCUGUCCCUUUAACUAACAAGUUGAUCAUUCAAGCUGGGACAGCCAUGAGUCACCUUUUGGUACCCGUUCCCCUAGGUUUAGUAGUGCUUUGGCUUCUCGGGUGUUUUGAUAUUUAAUAGGUCAAACCUGGAAUGUUAAUAACAAAUUUCCUUCUAAGUUAAAGGAACAAGCAAAAAUAUGAUCUAGGAUUGUGGUAUAGCACAAUACCAAAAGGCAAAUUAGUUUAAACUAGUGCAACUGUUGUGUAUAAGCCGCUGUAGCCCCAACAGCAAGCAAAAUUUAGCAAUCCAAAGUAUUCAUCCACAAAGCGCAGCUUAGCAGAAGGCAUUUAGCACUGAUAAAGGGACAGGGUCCCAAAACGUCUGUACUUUGAAUGCUCUUUGAAUAAACUUGGGCUGCACUAGUGGGCCCCUUUAACUAAGCUGCGCUUUGUGGGUGAAUACUUUGGAUUGCUAUAUAAAUGAAAGGAAUACAGUUUUGCAUGCGCUGAAUCGGUCACUUCCUACACUGAUCUCACAGCGAUUCAGAAACCUAGUGUGUGUGCGCAGCGAGUGCCACGCAUGCAUUAGGCUUUCCGAUGGGGUUUUACAGGACACUGAACAUCCUCAUGCAAAGUUUGAGAAUGUCCACCACCACUUCACCGAGAAAAAAUGUGAAAUUUAAGGAAGCGCUUCUAGUGGCUGUCUGUUGACAGCCACUGGAGGAGGAGUAACUGGGAUGAAGUUCUGGUGCCUGGGUGGUCCUUUAUGACAACAUUCCAAGUACCAUAGCACUACAGCCUUCCUUUUUUGACUUGGGACUUAUAUCCUAUUCACUGUAUUGUGUGUGUGUGUGUGUGUGUGUGUGUGUGUGUGUGUAUAACAUAUAUAUUAGGGUGAUUUUCCUUUAAGAAGCAAGAGUUUCUCUUUUUUUUGUGUGUGUGUGUUUUUUAGACACUCCUUUAGAAGAAGUAAUGAGAUAGUUGGCUUUCAAUCAUAACAUAUUUUUUCCACUACAGUUGUUAAUUGCACUAUUGGGUGAUUGGUCUGCUUAUUAAUUGUUCCCUUCUAAAUAGUUUUUGUAUAAAGCGCUUGACUAUGGUUUGAAAAGACACACUAUGUCAAAAUGUUGCCUUCAUUGAUGGCAUAACAUUACACCUCUCUUAGGCAGUUAGGUACAGUUAUACAGUUAUAGGUACAUAUGCUUACUGUGUCAUGUUUUGACGUUAUGUAUUAACUUGUUUUUUGUUUUUGUUUUUCCUCCAAGGUAAACUGUUCAUUAUCCUUCUUCUUGUAUUCCUUUCAAGUCCAUGAAAAAUCCAUUCUUUUGGUUUCCUUGUAAGUAGUUCUUUAAAACUUUAAAAGCUUUGGUUGUAUGAAUGCCUAUUUUAUUAACCCUUGAUGGAGUCUUUAAACAUGGAUACUUUCUUUAAAAUUAUUAGUUACUUUAUCACUUAAAGAAUAUUUUUGACAAAAGUGUGCUGCACACACGUAUUCCUUCCUCCAGGAAAUAAUAUAAUUUAGCACUCACCCCUUAUGGGUUUUAUCCCUGUUGGAGAAUUGACAUUAAUAUUGUAUCAUUUUACACUUUUUAUAGAUAUAUAUUUCUUUUAAAUUUGGCUACUGUGGGUUUUCCCUAUGUUUAACAUAUAUUUUGUUGUCAUGGAGCAUGGAGGUAUUCAUAUUCUGCAAUUUAAAAAAAGCGAUAAAAUUAAGGCUUAUCAGUGACAUAUUGUUCAUGACAUCUUCUUUCUAUAUAAAAUAAGAUAAAAUAGUAAAAGUGGAGAAUGAUUUAACAAAAUAAAAGGACAUUUAGUUUUAGAUGCUCUAUUUUACCAGUUUGUGCAAAUUAGCACUGUAAUUAUUUAGGUUUAACACUUCGAUAUGACAUUUUAGAUGGGGGAUACAGAUCCAGCUCAUCUAGUGAAAAAAAUGGUUUUGAGUGCAGAAAUUGUUAAAACAAUUUAAAAAGUGCCAAUUUGCGCUAUCUACCAUCUCCCACAUAAAUGACCCAUCACAAGAUGAACUCUUAAUUGUUUGCACACAACCUCCCCUCCACUUCCCCCUCCUAAAACUGGCUUGAUGUGUGCUGGUAUCAUCUCUAACUAAACAUAAUGGCCAAUCAUGUUAUUGUGCAUCAGGCUCCACAUUUUUAGGAUUGAUUACUUACUUGAAGGCAGAAAAUGAGUGUCACCUAGGAGUCCUUUACUUGCUGGUUGUGUGACUCGUGCAAUAAGGUCACCGUCACUGGGUUAGGUAAACUCCAUUAUAUCAUGGUUGUCCUGACACAUCAUAUGUUUGGCUGAAGGAGUACUCUUUGCUCCCCUCCUGGCAGGUGAAAUAAAUACCACUGUGAAUUUAGCUUUCUGCUUGCAUUUCCCAUCCACACCUUGUUACAUUACACGCUGCUGGUUUUUAACAUAUUUCUAUUUCUAGGCCGGUAUGUUUAAUUAUGAAUGAGGUCCCACUGAUUUCCACAUGGUUUCUACUUGUAUCAACAUUUAGGUAAGUUUAAUUAAAAGCACAGUUUUUGGCGAAGAUUUAAUAAAUUGCUCCUGCGUUAGAAUCUGCACUAAUAUUAUAAACAAAAGUGUCUGAAACAUAAGAUUUCUCUCUAUCUCAAAAGAUGGAUUUUAAUCAUUUUAUGGAGCUAGAAUAUUAUUAUUCAAACCUUUUUUUAUUUUUUUUAGUGCCAAAUUUGAUGUGAAAAUUCACAUAAAGUGGAAUAGUUGUAUUUCUACAAUAGCUGGAUGCCUUUUGGCCUCUCCAAUCUAAUGAAUUGCACAGAGCCAGAAAUAAGACUAUAUGUGUGUCUUUCGCUCAGUUUGUUCUCAUACAUUUCUUCCAUCAUGUAAUCAAACCUGUUUUUCUUCUGAUAUGAUAUCGGCUUCAUUUCAUAUUUCUCAACAGCAUGCUGCCCCUUCUGAUCAAGGAUGGAUUAUUCAUAUCUUACAUCAUUACCACCCUUUCGUUCAUUCUGUCCAGCAGUGCUUUGCUGUCGAUACAUGGGAAGAUUUCCGAGGACUCUCUAAAACUGAAGCCAUUUUGUAUCUCUAUUAGGAGAUAUUUGCCUUGGUUUAAAAUCCCGGGGUCCCUGAUCAGGCUGCUAGUAAGUAUGUCACACAUCUAAACCAAACUCCUCUGCGCUUUUCUAGUUUGAUACCAAAAGCAUGGAUUAGACUGCAGAGCAUUGUUGCUGCUCAUAAAUUAUAUAGCUUCAGGAGCUACAUGAAGACAAUUAAACUACCUCUACAGAGUUUGGCCGUCUGAGCUUUGUACAGUCAGAUUAUCAAAAAGUACCAUUAACGACUUACAGAAUAUUCGGUUUACCAGGAUUUACCAUUAACGACUUACAGAAUAUUCGGUUUACCAGGAUUUGUGACCUCACAUGAAUUCUUACCAAACCCAGUAAAAGACUGGUAGCUAUUGGUACUUUAUUUAUAAAAUGCAAAACAUAUUCCAUAGUCCAAUGCUGCAGCCCAUAUCAAAAAAAUUAUUAAAGAUUGAUAUGAUCUAUGGCUGCCAAACUCAAAUGGACUCGGUAAGUCCAAAGUACAAGUCAAAUCUACAAAGGCAAGAAUCUCAAAUGUAGAAAUAUUUUUUCGUUUUUUUUAUACAGUCUUGGAUGGGCAAGACAUAUUUUUGUUACUGUCAGUCAAUCUGAUACAUAAGGUACAGAGCAGGGGUGCCUAAAAAGUAGGUCUCCAGAUGUUGUAGAACUACAACUACCAUGAUGCUUUGCAUGUCUUUAGCAUGCUUCAGAAUGACAAAGAAUCUUGGAAGUUAUAGUUUUAACACAUCUGGGGAUCUACCUUUUGGGCACCAUUGGUAUAGAGAAUCCUAUUUGCAAGCUUAUAAUGUAAGGGCCUGGAGCGGUAGAAGAGGACUAAAAAAAUCAAAUAAUCUAGGGGGCAUAGGAUGCCCGAACACAAGAUAAAAAGAGCACCAACGGAGAAAUGAAAUCCUCCUAUACAGAGAACCAUGAAUAUGGAUAUGACUAUAGAGAGGGCUUCAUGACAAAAUAUUUUAGGAAUACAGUGAAACACUCCAUAGAGAGAACUCUCCUUGCAAGCAGUGGAGACACAGGGUAGGCGAGUGAAGGUAUAGACAGAGCCUUGAAUAAAACCUACAUUGUAAGUGGGCUGCUGAUUGUGUCAGUUGAGUAACUAGUUCUGUAAGUAUAUUUAUUAUGGGUCUUUAUAGAUGUAUGUAAACUGCACAAAUAACUGUACUGUAGAACGUGAAAUGCCAGUUACUUUUGGCCUGGCAUUGACACCUCCUUGCGGUCUUUCAGAUCCAGUGAUCUUGCAAGAGAAGCUGCCUUUACUAAAUCAUCUUGGACCUCAAGUGCUUCUUGGAUGAUGUGUGAAAUGCUCAGCAGUCACUGGAGAGCACACAUGAGCCGGCUAAAUCUGCUUCAUGAGUGAUAUAUAUUUAAAUCAAAGUAUAUCCAGUGUAUAAAUACUUGGGGUUAACCUGUUGAGAUUAGCCAGGCAGUCAUUUUGUGUUUGUUUGAUAAAUAAGAAUGCUGGAGUUCUACACAAAGUGUUUCUUCUUCCUUUCACUACGAAGCUUUAAAAGCACGUACAUUAUCUGAUUGCACUAUUCUUUCUUUCUUCUCGCAGUUCCUUGGGUCAUUAUUGGUGAUGGCAGCUCUGACUUUUGCAAGUGCUGUCUUGGCCCCGCCUCCCAGCCUUCCCGACCUCUUUCCCGUGCUGAUCUCUGGAGUCUCCUGCGCUCAUUUCUUGAUAUUUUUGUUUUAUUUUAAUGUGGUUCAUAUUUGGAACAGUCUCGAUGAAAGAAAGAAGAAAAAAAUAUCUUGAUUUUUAAAAAAUUUUUUUACUUUUCUAUAUGUAAUUUUCUUUUUUUAUUGGUUAUUGAUAAAUGUACUAAAGGAUAAUACGUGUAUAUUUUCGGUUUUAUAUUCACGGACCUGGAAAAAAUAUCUUUUAUACAGUAAAAUAAAAUUAUGGAUGUGGUUGCAAUUUGAAUCCAAAAUGAUCUAUAAAUUGGCAUUUACAGCUGGAAACGUUACAAAGGCACAGUUCUGCCCUAUCAGUAGAUGUGAUCGUCUAAUUAACCCUUUUAUAACUGUUAACAUGACUUUCCAUCAGCAAUAAUGUCAUUUCCAAAAAUGUUAACUAAAUUAUGUGUUCUGCAUAGCCUGCAGAACGUUUUUGGGCUUAAAGUAAGCCUUGUGAUAAAUAUUAUUAACUCAUUCUUAA